AUGGACGUGGCAUCGGCCGUCCAGAACUAUAUCUCCAAGAUCGCGGGGGUCGGCGAAGGAGCAGCGGCGUCGCAGUCGUCAAAAAUGAAGAUCCUAAUCCUGGAUCGAGAUACUGUCUCCAUUGUCUCCACCGCCAUCACCCAGUCCGCCCUGCUCAAACACGAAGUCUUCCUCAUCGAUCGACUGGACAAUCCUGCUCGGGAACGCAUGCGACACCUCAGAUGCCUUUGCUUUGUCCGACCCUCACCUGAUUCGAUACAGUUCCUCAUUGACGAGCUGCGUGAUCCCAAGUAUGGAGAGUACAAUAUCUACUUCAGCAAUAUCAUUAAGAAGUCGACGCUAGAGAGGUUGGCGGAGGCAGACGAUCAUGAGGUUGUCAAGUCGGUCCAGGAAUAUUUUGCGGACUAUAUUGUCGUCAAUCCUGAUUUGAUGUCGCUGGACCUGGGAUUUCCGAAACAAAGGCUCUGGAGCCACAGUCCGGAUAUUUGGAAUACGGAUGCUCUGCAGAGAACAACCGAGGGCCUGAUCGCCCUGUUACUGUCUCUAAAGAAGAACCCCUUGAUACGGUAUCAGAAAAACAGUCUGAUGGCCAAGAAACUUGCCACGGAAAUUCGAUAUCAAAUCACCCAGGAAGAACAACUCUUCGACUUCCGAAAACCGGACACUCCGCCCAUUCUGUUGCUCCUGGACCGGAGAGACGAUCCGAUCACUCCAUUACUCACCCAAUGGACAUAUCAGGCCCAAGUUCAUGAGUUAAUCGGCAUCAAAAAUGGCCGGGUGGAUCUGAGUAGUGUUCCUGACGUCCGUCCUGAAUUAAAGGAGAUAGUUCUCUCCCAGGACCAGGAUCCCUUCUUCAAGAAGAACAUGUACCAAAACUUUGGCGACUUAGGGGGCAACAUCAAAGAAUAUGUCGAUCAGUACCAGGCGCGCACAAAAUCAAGUGCUCAGAUCGAAUCAAUUGCCGAUAUGAAGCGCUUUGUCGAAGACUACCCGGAAUUCCGCAAGCUUUCCGGGAACGUGUCGAAGCACGUAACCCUGGUGAGUGAACUUAGUCGCCGAGUUUCGGCGGACUCGUUACUCGACGUGUCGGAGCUCGAGCAGAGUCUGGUGUGCAACGACAACCACGUCACCGACCUGAAAACCCUGCAAAGCCUUAUCCAGAAACCAAAUAUCCCGGCAGACAACAAAAUCCGGCUAGUAGCAUUAUAUGCCAUCCGCUACGAAAGAAACCAGAACAAUGCGCUCCCUGUUCUCCUCGACCUGCUCACCACCGUGGCUGACAUCUCAACGAACAAACUGUCUAUCAUACCCAAACUUCUUGCCUACCAUCACAGCUUACAACCUGCACCCGUGGCCGGCGGAUUUACGGAUCUUUUCGACGCUGCAUCUUCUCCGUUCAGCCAGUUCCGCCGGAACCUCAACAUCAAGGGCGUGGAGAAUGUCUAUACGCAGCAUUCGCCCCGGCUUGAAAACACGCUGCAGAAUCUGAUCAAAGGCCGGUUGAAGGAGUUGCAAUACCCGUUCCUUGAGGGUCAUACGCGUGACAAACCGCAAGAUAUCAUUGUGUUUAUGGUGGGCGGGGUUACAUAUGAGGAAGCCAAGAUGGUCGCCCAGGUCAAUGCUUCUGUGCCGGGUAUCAGGGUGGUGCUGGGUGGUACCAAUGUGCUCAAUUCCGCCGUCUUCCUCGAGGAGGUUGACGAUGCGGUCGGAAGCUGGCCGGAUCAAGCUCCUGCGACGGCGCAGGCGAGGCUAGGAAGGGCUGUAGGCCGAUGA